GGUGACAGCGUGAUCUCAAAAAAUGGAGAGGACGGUGUCGUUCUCGACUCAUCCUAUUUUAACCUCAAGUCAAACACAUUAUCAGAGCGCGUGGUAAAGGAGACCUGAAUAAUGGAGGCCAAAUUGUAAAAGCAAAUGUAUGCAUCGAUAUGAGCUAGGCUUCCAGUUUCUGGACAAUUCAAUCCAUUCACAUCACAGCUAGCUAGCUAUGUAUGAGGUUACCUGUCCAUUCUUCAAUCCUCUACGAAGUGAGUAGUCCAUGGAAUCUGCCAUAGCUGCGGUUGCAGGUGAGCUCGUCAGCCGGUUCAUCUCCUUCGCGUUGAACAGAUGCUGCUCCUCAAGCUACGAAAGAUCGGAGGAGAAGCGGGAGAGGCUGCGGCACCUCCUGAUGAGGUCUCACACCGUCGUCGAGGAGGCAGAUGCACGGCACAUCACCAACUCCGGGAUGCUGACGCAGCUGAAGGUGCUGUCGGAGGCCAUGUACCAGGGCUACCAUGCGCUGGACGCCCUGAGAUUCCAGCUCGACGACGAGUUCUUGCUCCGGCGGCGAAAGGGGAGGGCAAGGCACAGGCCGCACUGGAGAACCUGGAAACAGCCAUGGCGAACAGCGCAGAGUUCGUCGCGCUUCUGUGCGGGUGUGAGCGCCUGUCCCGUCGGCCCUACGACGCGUACCUCUACCUCGGGAGUAUCAUGUUUGGCCGACACGCCGAGAAGCAAAGGCUCCUCAACUUCUUGCUGCAGCAGCAGCCAGGCGACGACGGCGCACCGCCUCCCGUCCUCCCAAUCGUCGGCGCUCUUGCGGCCGGGAAGAAAACUCUGGUCGCCCACGUGUGCGCCGACGACAGGGUGCGCUCGAAAUUCGCUUCGGUGCUCCAUCUGAGAGGAGACGACUUCCUCCUGAACACCGUCCACCAUGAGAAGGCCAUGCUGCUGGGGGUAUCGUCACUCGUAGUUGUCGAGCUUGUCUCGGACGUAGGCGACGAGGAAUGGGACGCGUUCUACUCGUUCGUGGCGAGAGCGGCUAGUGCAGGAAGCAAGGUGAUCGUCAUAGCCAAGCAUGCAAGAUCAGUAGCAAGGUUUGGUGGGUCAGCAAGACCACCAAUCUUUCUCGGCGCUCUGUCGUACGAGGAGUUCUGGUACCUGUUCAAGAACCUGGCGUUCCAAGCCGCGGACCCGGGCGAGCAUCCAAGGCUAGUGCACAUAGCAGAGGGGUUUGCUAAGGAACUGCACCAGGGUGGAUCGCUUGUCGCAGCGAACGCGUUGGCUGAUGUGCUGAGAAGAAACCUGAACGCUCAGGUCUGGCUGUCGAUACUGAACAGGUGCAGAAGAGUGGUCGAGAAGAACCUCUGCGCCUACGGGCAGCAACCGAAGCUGCUCCUGGAGCAAGGCCGUGAGGUGGACAUAACGGAGUUCGUCGUUCCGAGCCCUGCUGGUAUUGGUCACCUUCGCAUGAUACCUUGUACUAGUAGAGGUAGUAGCAAGGCUUACUCUCGAGUUGUCAAUGAUCUACCAAAGGUGGCGUUUGGAGAGCUACUGUUAGAUCCUUCUGUUAGGCCCAAAGGAGAAUUUAGUCUGCUGACGUGGAAAUCAAGGUUACCCCCUUAUACUUCAUUCAUCAACUUCGUUCCAGAUUGCACCGCAGACAUGCCUCAAGGACAUAGCUUGUCAGGCAGGAAGCGCCAAGCAGUGCCUUUCUGAUAACACAAUGUAUUUACAUGUCGGAUGUACUGUUUUCAGACAUCUAGCUACAGUGAUUAUUGAACAGUUUGCAAGCUACUGCUGGAAUGUUGUUUACAAAACCA